CUAGUUAAAAAAUGACCUCGGGGAGGCAGCCAUCUUGCUGUUGCCACGUGCUGGUGUUGGAGGACCCUCCCUGCUUCAGAUUUACCAACAGCAUGAAUCAAGAAAAGUUAGCCAAACUUCAGGCUCAGGUCCGGAUAGGGGGCAAGGGUACAGCUCGCAGAAAGAAGAAGGUGGUACACAGAACAGCUACAGCUGAUGACAAAAAGCUUCAGAGUUCUCUAAAAAAACUGGCUGUGAAUAACAUAGCUGGUAUUGAAGAGGUGAACAUGAUUAAAGAUGAUGGGACAGUUAUUCAUUUCAACAAUCCCAAAGUCCAAGCUUCCCUUUCUGCUAACACCUUUGCAAUUACUGGUCAUGCAGAAGCCAAACCAAUCACAGAAAUGCUUCCUGGAAUAUUAAGUCAGCUUGGUGCUGACAGUUUAACAAGCCUUAGGAAGUUAGCUGAACAGUUCCCACGGCAAGUCUUGGACAGUAAAGCACCAAAACCAGAAGACAUUGAUGAGGAGGAUGAUGAUGUUCCAGAUCUUGUAGAAAAUUUUGAUGAGGCAUCAAAGAAUGAAGCUAACUAAAAGUUUGGUUUUUGGAAGGUGGCAUGGACUAGAUUUAACAAAUCAGCUAUGUGGUUCCAAAGUUUUACAGACACAGAGAACAUCACCUGUUACUAGUUCAGUAAUAUAAAUAUUUUGUAUAUGAAUAAUGCUGUUUGUUCAGCAUUUUUCGGUCAUUUGAUUUUGCAUUUUGCACUUCCUCCCAGGAUAUUUUUUUGGUCAAAAUAUGAAGUAUUGGUGCAGUUUGAGGGUGUUUUGUUUUUUUGAUUCCUGGUUUUUUUGGUUUUUGUUUGGGGUAUUUUUGGUGUAUGUAUGUUUAUGUAUGUGUGUGGGUAUGUGUGUAUACAGUGGAGAGCAAAUUGGAAAACAGUUCUAUUUAUCCUCCUCCCUCCCCAGUAGAAAU